AUGGCGGAUCAGUCCGUCUUCCGCAUCACGAAGGAGUUGAGCGAACUUCAAAAGAACUCGGAUCUCUCUCUCGCCGUUGCCUGCCGUGAUGUUGAUGUUCGGAACGUCAAAGCCCUGAUUAUCGGCCCUCACGACACGCCGUACGAGUUUGGCUUCUUCGAGUUCUCCUUCAAGUUCAACAAAGAUUAUCCACGGAAAUCGCCUCAAGUUACUGCGACCACGACAAAUGGGGGCCGAUGUAGAUUUAACCCCAAUAUCUAUUCGAAUGGGCGAGUCUGCUUAUCAAUUCUUGGGACGUGGCGUGGGGAGCGGGGGGAGGAGUGGUCUGCUGCGCAGGGGCUGGAAUCCAUCCUGCUGUCCAUCCAGAGCCUGAUGUCCGCGAAUCCGUACGAGAACGAGCCCGGAUUCGAGGAUGCCAACGAGCCAGCAGACAAGAAGCACCAGAAGGAUUACGUGCAAAAGAUCCGCCAUGAGACGCUCAGAAUAUCGGUCAUCCAACGGCUGGAAGAGUACCUAGGAAUCGGACCUGACGGCGUAGUUGCGGCUCCAGCGACAACAAAGGAUGACUAUGACCUUGACAUGGACGUGAUCGAUGACGAUUCAAGCGUUCCGUUCGAGCCAUUCAAGGAUCUUUGCAAGCGCCGGUUUCUGUGGUACUACGAUUCCUACUUGGCGGCUAUCCAGAAGGGGAAAGAAGAGGUCAAGGAUGGCCAGCCAUUCGUGACCAUGCCAUUCGAGGGUUCUACCAACACCAUGGAGGGGAAGUUCAACUACACGGAGCUCGAGCGGAGGCUGCGCAAUAUCAAAAAGGCGCUUGACGAUGAGGCCGAGGCAUGGGCGGCAGAGGGGCUUGUGGCAAAGGCUAAGGAGACCACCGUGGCGGUCAAUCUCCAGCGGCAGUUUGAGCAAGUGGUGGAGUCAUUCAAGCGUUCGGACACACCACACAACCUCGAGCUGGCGGACGGAAAUCCGUUCGUCUGGGUCCUCACAUACUUUGGGAAACCAAUGACAAACCUUGACGGAGGUUUGUUCAGGAUUAGAUUCCGAUUCAGUCCCCGAUUCCCCGAGGAGCAGCCUCGCAUCAAAUUUGAAACCCGGCUGUUCCACCACCGCAUCUCCCCAGACGGCACGCCUUGCUACUUCGCCCCCUUGAGCCGCAGAGAGGAUGCCAAGUCCCAUAUCGACGCCGUCAUCGAGGCUUUGGAGGAGGAAAAUCCUCCCUAUGACCCGCGGACGCUCGUGCAUCCCGAAGCGUUUAAGCUUUACUGGGGCUCGGCGGAAGAUCGACGGAUGUAUAACAGGCGCUUGCGUCGGUCGGUACAGCAGUCGAUGGAGUGA